UAGCAUUCGCCAAGAUUAACCUCGAUGGAUCUAUAGAUGCAUAUUUUCAUUCCAGUGUGACAUUCCCAUCAUUGCACUUUUACAUUUUCCCCUCACAUACUCUGCAAGCAAUUGACCAGAACAGAGAUUUACCCCUCCCUGUUUUUGGGCCUCCCGGAGAAGAAUAGUCAACAAGAUGGACGAAGAACGACGUGCCAGUAUCCAAAAUGCUUUGCAGAAGUACCGCGACACUGUUUCGCAGCACAACUUCAGCCUGCUGAGCACCCUGGUGACACUGAUGGAAGAAGAGCCCCUACCUCCCAAGGUGUCCGAAAAGGUCGCCAACCAGCUGCACGUUCGGGAACUUGCUCGGUACCUGCAGUGCACCAUUCCUGAAUCCGUCAAGUCUCCACGAGACAUCCUCGAUGAGGACUUGCGGGUGGAACUGACGUCGUUGUGCAAUCUGGAUGGGGCUUCUAGUCGUCCUGUCAAUCGGGAUUUGAGACGGGAGUACUUUGAUGGCAUUCGUGCCCGUAUUGCGGAGAAGGAUGUGGACGUCGCAGAGUUUCCUCCGAAGGACUUGGAGUACGUGUGUACGCUUGUCAGUGGUAUUAUUGGACCUGGAAUACCAAAUCAUCGCAAAGCGCAACAGAUUGCAUUCGUGUCUGUCAUUGAAAAUGAGUCACUGGAUGAUAUGAUCAAAUCCGUUCAUGUUCCCUCUCGUGGCGAUGACGGAGGAGAACCUGAUCCAUGGACGGAACUUUGGCCAGAGUGGGAGAUCACCGUAGCAUUCCAGGUCGGUGGUGGCCCUCAUGAAUGGUGCGGCUCUUAUGCCCUGUACGGCCAGGGUGGGGGGAAAGAACAAUGGGGAUGGAGGUAUGGACUUCAUGAUAAUGACUGGUGCAGUGACUUAUAUGAUACCGUCGAGGAGUUUCUUGCUUUCUACAGCCAUUACGAAGAGACGACGGAGGAGUGGGUCAAGAAGAACUUUAGAUCUGUCAAAGGUGUAUUGCGCAUGCGUUAAGAACUCUAGCUGGUUGUUCAUAGCAGGCAGAUAGAU